AUGUAUGAAGGCGAACGGUUCAGCAGCAUUACCCACCUGGCAGGUGCAGCGCUUGCGUUGAUGGGUGCUGUGGUGCUGAUCAGCAUGGCUGCCAACGAAGGUAACCUCUAUAAAAUCAUCAGCUUCAGCAUCUACGGGCUGACGCUGUUCUGGCUUUAUCUUGUCUCUACCCUGUAUCACAGUCUUCGCGGCCGCGCGAAACGCAUAUUCCGCGUACUUGAUCAUCAGGCCAUCUAUCUGCUGAUUGCGGGCACUUAUACGCCGUUCCUUAUGGUUGCACUUGAAGGCACCCAGGCGUGGCUGAUGUUUUGCGCCAUCUGGGGUCUGGCGAUAGUUGGCAUGGUUCUGGACGCGGUGCGACGGGAAGGUACCCGCAUCGCGUCAAUGGCGAUUUAUCUGAUCAUGGGCUGGUUGUGCGUUUUUGCGCUGGACCCGAUCAUUGCCGCUCUGCCACCACUGGGCUUUGCGACCCUGGUUGCCGGUGGCAUUUUCUAUACCUCAGGCAUUAUCUUUUUUAUCUUCGACCAUCGUUAUCACUGGUUUCAUGGUGUCUGGCACCUGUUUGUGCUGGCGGGCAGUGCCACGCAUUUUUUUGCGAUUCUACUGCUUUACUAA